AUGGAGUCAGUUCCCAGGGUAGUGUUCUGGGGAAGCUCUGACGAUUUCCCUACCCCUUCGCCCAUCACCUUUUACCUCAGAGACAAGCCUGAUCCUUAUCUACACGUUUGGUUUGAGAAGCCUCAACAAAUCGAAGCCAAUCGAAGGGAACCUGAGACGAGAGAUAUUGCCGUGAAACUUGAAGAGCUCAAAAAAUAUCUUGUCAUAUUCUGGGGCUCUCAGUCUGGAACGGCAGAGGGAUUCGCAAAUCGCUUGGUACGAGAUUUUCGAGGUCGUUUCAGCCUAGAUGCAUUAGCUGCGGACUUAGCAGACUACGAUCCAGAAUCGAUUGCCAACAUUCCAGAGUCCAAAUUUGCUAUCUUCAUCAUCUCGACAUACGGUGAUGGAGAUCCAAGCGACAAUGCCACACAUUUUCUUUCCUGGCUAGGCUCGAACAGGACAACUCGAUUUUCCAAUCUUCGCUAUGCGGCUUUCGGUCUUGGCAACAAGAACUACAAGUUUUACAACCGAAUUAUUGACGUUGUGACUGAGAGUCUCGAUAGUAUUGGAGCGACUCCGUUACUGCCAGUUGGCAAGGCGGAUGAUUCGAAGGGUACUACCGAUGAGGACUUCACAGAGUGGAAGCAUGCUCUUUUUGCAAUGUUUUGUGAAAGGCUGGGCUUCAAAGAACGUCCAAAUCAGUACGAGCCUGCUCUACGUGUGGUGGAAGACACCUCCUUGGAAGCUAUCGAUCUGCAUAUUGGUGAACCUGUCAACAUACAAACGAAGAAGGGCCACGCUCCCAUCUCGCCAAUCCGACCUUUGCCAAUCAAAGACGCAAGAAGGCUCCUAUCUACCACAACUCGAAAUUGUCUACACCUGGAAUUGGAUACGAAUGACUUCCCCGAACUGAAAUACAAGACUGGAGACCAUCUCGCUGUAUGGCCUUCAAAUCCUUCUUCGGAUGUCCAACAAUUGGCAAAUUGUCUUGGCCUCCAGGAACGACUUGACAUUCCUUUGUUGAUGCAGAGUCUAGAUCCGUCAAUUCAAGUCAAGGUUCCGUCUCCUACGACUUGGGAUGCACUUUUGCAAUACUAUCUGGAAAUAUGUGCUCCGGUGUCAAGAGACACCGUCACGGCACUAGCUCACUUUGCACCUUCAGAGACUGCCAAAGCUACGCUGAAAGGUCUCGGUGGGGAUAAGGACGUGUAUCAAGAAUAUUGCUCAAAGACGCACGUAACAUUGGGACGACUCUUGGAAGCUGUGUCUCCUGGAAUUGGAUCUUGGUCGAACUUGCCACUAGCUUUUGUUAUCGAGAGUCUUCCAACUCUUUCACCACGCUACUACUCAAUCUCAUCGUCCUCCAUCGUUUCUCCCAAACAAAUCUCUAUCACAGUUGCGACAUCCACGGAAGCGUCAUUGAAUCAAAGUCUUUCCAUCCCUGGAGUCACAACCAACUAUCUCUCUGCAAUUGAACAAGACAAGCGACAAAAAUUCACUGGAUCAGUUCACAACCUCUCUGGGCCGAGCAACAUCCUCGAGAAUAGAGCAAAGCUAUUCGCCCACAUCCGAACAUCGAAAUUCAGACUCCCCACAAUACCCAAACAUCCCAUUAUCAUGAUCGCAUCUGGCAGUGGAAUCGCACCAUUUCGAGGAUUCCUCGCUGAGCGCGCACGUAUGGCGGCCAUUGGAAGAGAAGUUGGGAAGAAUCUUCUCUUCUUCGGAUGUCGUUCCGAGGAAGACUUCUUGUAUCGGGAUGAGCUUCAAGAGCUCCCAAGGUCAAACAGUGACACUGAAAUUGUGACUGCUUUCUCGAGAGCUGGUGAAAGAAAGGUGUACGUUCAGGAUCGAGUUGAAGAGAGGGAUGAAGAGGUGGUAAGUCUGUUGGAGCAGAAUGCAUAUUUCUAUAUUUGCGGGAGUGCGGCGAUGGCGAGAGACGUUACUGCGAGACUUGGAAAAUGUUUGAUGAAGAGGAAAGGGUGGAGUGAUAAUGAAUUAAGGGGAUGGUCGGAAAGUAUCAAGAAGGCUCACCGGUGGCAAGAAGAUGUUUGGGGUUGA